CUUAAAAAUGGCAAUUCUGAGGACAAUGACAGCUUAGGUUCUCGAGCUGAAGAAAAAAAUUCAUCAUCACCAGCCGUUUUUCAUGAUGAGGUGAAUGAUGACAUGAGCCAAGCAGUCAACAUGGGAUCCACCUCGGAGAGCAUUGAUCUUGCCUUCGUUCAUAUUUCUCAGAAAGAUGCUUUUCUUGUUUUUAGAAGUUUAUGCAGACUUUCUAUGAAACCCUUACCAAACCAAAAUCCUGGAGAUCCUAAAUCACAUCCUCUGCGUUCUAAAAUCCUCUCACUACAGUUACUGUUAAGUAUUUUACAGAAUCCCGGGCCAGCUUUCCAAUCUGGCGAGAUUUUUAUCACAGCUAUAAAGCAAUAUCUCUUUGCUUCUUUACUUAAAAAUGGUGUUAUCUAUGUACCAGAAGUGCUGGUGCUCUGUCUAUCUAUUUUCGCCUCUCUUUUGAUCUACUUUAAACAACAUUUAAAAAUCCAGAUUGAAGCUUUCUUCCGUGAGGUUCUUUUGGGUCUUCUGGAGGCCCCUGGGGCCUCUUUUGAAAUCAAGUGGAUCAUUGCUGAUUCUCUACAUCGCAUCUGUUCUGAUGCUCAAUGCGUUGUCGAUCUUUACCUCAAUUAUGACUGCGAGCUUGUCUCAGCAAAUAUCUUUGAGCGACUCGUAGUCAAUCUUGCCAAACUUGCCCAUGGCGGUCGCAGCCCGUCAACCGAAUCAUCUGUGCUUGGCACCAGCUCCCUUUACAGCAAUUCGACCGUUGCUAUAGCAUUGACUGCACAUCAGGAACAGCAACUUCGUAUCCGUGGUCUCGAAUGUCUAACUUCCGUGCUUCAUUGCAUGGUAACUUGGUCACGGGAACUUUACGUUAGUCCAGAGCAGCAGUCAUUUCUCGGAUCAGAGCCGAGUGCCAGUCAAAAUUCCGACUCGAGUAUCGAAGUCAGCAGCACUAGCUCUAGUAAGUAG